AUGAUGACAACGUGGUGGAGCCUUUUGGCUAGCUGCUUGCUUCAGAUAUUAGGGUUUUGCAUCUUUCUCAAAGGUUUCUUUCCGUCAAAAGUGGUAUUAGAUGGGUUUAGUGAGUUCAGUGAUCUGUACUCCCCUUUUAAUGUAGAUGGAAAGGCCCAGUUUGACAAGGUGAUCUUCAUGGUUGUUGAUGCCAUGAGAUCUGAUUUCAUGUUUUCUGAAAAUUCGAAUAUGAAGUAUUUUCACUCAUUAGUAUCAGAAGGCAACGCUAUACCGUUUACAGCAUAUUCAAAUCCUCCUACUGUCACCCUUCCGAGAUUAAAAGGCAUCACGACGGGCGGAGCGCCCAGCUUCGUUGACGCCAUAUUAAAUGUUGCUGAUGAUAAAGAUGAUUCUCAAGGACUCUCCAAAACGGAUUCGUGGAUAUCUCAAUUCAAGCGUAAAGGGCUGAACCUUCACUUUUAUGGGGACGACACUUGGCUCAAGCUCUUCCCUCCUUCAGAGUUUUUUGACAAAUAUGAAGGCACAAACUCCUUUUUUGUUAGUGAUUUCACAGAAGUGGACUUCAAUGUGACCAGGCAUUUGGACUCGGAAUUGAAUGAUUCCACAUGGGAUGCACUCAUUUUACAUUACCUCGGAUUAGAUCAUAUUGGCCACAAAGGGGGUCCCGAAUCGGUGUAUAUGAAGCCGAAACAAAUGGAGAUGGAUGACGUGCUUAAACGAAUUUAUGAAUCUGUCUUAGCAAAGUCAGAAAAUACUUUGAUGGUUUUAUUAGGUGACCAUGGAAUGAAUGAGAUCGGAAACCAUGGUGGCUCUUCUCCAGGUGAAACGCAUCCAGGAAUGGCCUUCAUUUCAUCAAAGUUCUCUCAGUCACUAUCAAAAAAGCCCUUCCCGGUCUCUGGUACUGAAAAUUAUGAGUAUUACUCAGUGAUUUCACAGAUAGACCUAGUACCAACUUUGGCUUCCUUGCUUGAUUUCCCAAUUCCUAAAAAUAACUUAGGCAUAAUAAUUCCUGAGUUUUUAGAUCUAUGGGGCAAUGAGGUACAACAGAACAGAAUCCUUUUGGAGAACUGUAAUCAGUUGAUGAAACUAUUAACUUCAAAAUUCUCUCCUGAAGCUGAAGAAUUACAGAACUUCGAGGUUUUGCUUUCACGUCUUCAAGAGACAACAAAAAGUGGAAAGGAAGAGUAUUAUUCCUUCCUAACUAGAGCACAAGAAUUGUUAGCCGAAUCAGCUACAAACUACUCGUAUUAUGAUAUUUGGUUUGGCGUGAUUUUGAUAAUGUUCUCAUUCAUUUUAUCUUCCCUCCAACUCAUCAAUUUCUUUGAAUGUGACCAGCGAGUAUACUGUGGGGCAAAUGUUGUAUUUGUAUUGUCUACUCUCGUUUACUCCUUUCAUUUCCAUGGUUCUUCAUUAAUUGAAGAAGAGUAUCAGAUUUGGUGGUUUUUGACGAUAACUUUCCUUUCAUUCUUUCAAAUUUCUGUUAAGCCAAAAAAAUUUAGCCUUUUUGUGAAAUGUUUACUUGGAGUACGGGUUAUACGCGCAUGGAGCAAUACGGGUCAGAAAUUCAGCACUCCAUUGACCGUUUCCACAACACUUUGCAACUUUCCCAACGUUUUGUGGUCUUUGAACUGUUUGACUUAUGUGACCAUAUCCUGGUUGGUAGCCUUUGAAGGUGGCUGGCAAAAUCUAUUUUCACGAGAUAAAUCAAAACUACCGACAAAAGCUUUAACAAAGCUUGUUGCUUGGGUAAUAGCUUUAAGCAUCAGUAUCCCUUCGUUCAUAUUCAAGAGUUGCCAAUAUUACAUUGAUGGGAAAGAUACCCCCGUUUGGAUGAAAUUUCUGAUUGAGAUAUUUACUUCGUUACUCGAAAUUGAGGCCGAUGACAAGAAGGAGAUUCAGAGGGUUAAUAUCAGUCUCUCUAAAACAUUUUUUGCAAUUUUUGUUGCAUUUUUCGCGUUGCGUAUUCUUAUCAACCAAUGGCACAACAACAUUAGAUCUACUUUGAUUACUGAUUUGGUCAACAUGAUCACAUUUUUACUUAUUCAUCAGUCUAAGGCGGAAGUUAUUCCCCUCUUCUUAGUGUUUUUAAGUGUAAGACAUUCUUUUCGGGGACUCAUUAAAGAAUCUACUUCGUUGAACAUCAAUGAGAAGGUUUUAUCUAUCACUGCUUUCAUGUUGUGUAUGCAAAAUUUGUCGUUCUUUUCAAUUGGAAAUACCAAUCUGCUUGCAACAGUAGAUUUGUCCAAUGCAUAUAACGGUAUUGCAGAGUAUGAUGUCUUCUUAGUGGCCUUCAUGACAUUCAUCUCGAAUUAUGCAGUGGUCAUUUUUUGGUCAUUUACGGCACUCGAACUCAUCUUUGUUACAGUUGGGGAAUUAGCUCCAACCAAUUUCAAAACCCAAUUCAGAAACGCGAUCCUUGGGCGCUCCAUAUUGACGACAUUUUUUUAUGGAUUAUCUAUGAUGAGCUUAGUUGGUUCAUGUAUUAACUUGAGAUUUCACUUAUUCAUCUGGUCCGUUUUCAGUCCAAAAUUACUAUACUUUGCAAGCUGGUCCAUCUUAGUUAACAUUGGUAUUGACAUCAUUAUUGCCAGUUUAUUCUCUAUUUAA